GUUGCUCUCCUGGCCCUUGGGGAGCGAGCCCUGGGUCUCCUCAGCUCCCUGCUGGUUUGAGGGGGGUGCAGGAGAGACCAGGUGCUGCACCAGGCAGCCAAGACUCUGCCCAGCCCUUAAGAAGCACCUAGUCCCAUGCCAGAGGCAGCCAGCGAUCCCCCUUCAGAGUCCGGCUGCACAUGAUCCUGGGAAGGUGGCACAGGAGGCCCAGGAAGGGCGUUUCAGCAGAGGGGACUGGAUAGGCGGAGGUCUGGCAGGCCUCCCUGCGGCCAAGGUGUGUGUUUGGGGAUGGGGGGCAAGUGAGAUGCUGUGGACAAAGCAGGCAGCCCGUUGGCUGGGCUCCCAUGUCCCCAGGUUGUUGCCUGCAUGUACUGAUCCCCCAGGAAGGUCCAUGUAUCUGUAGCAGCUGGCCAGCAGGGGAGGGCACCCCCAGGGGAGGUCUGGGUGGUGGGCACUUUUUGUAAGCAGGCUCCCAGACCCACAGGAUGUGUCUGAUAGGAGAGCAGGAUGGCUUGGGACCACCCCAGGGCCUCUGCUGGGGAAGGUGGGUGACAGUACAGCUCUCUGCUUUGGUUGCUAAUGGGGUGCCUCUGGGCAGGAUGGCAGCAGCCUCCCCAUCCCCCCAUGCCCUAACCUGCCCAAGUCCCAGACUGAUCCUGAGUGGGAGGGCAUGGAGAUUAGGCUCUCCCUCUGUGAAGAGGGCUCUGAAGGCCUUUGUUUCCCAGGGUCAGAAGGAGUGGUGGUGGCUGCAGGGCCCUGGAAGAGGGAAGGGGUUGUUGCUUCCUCCACGCUCUGCUAGGCGGCUGAGCCUGACCUGCCCAGGAAUGGAACCCAUGGUGCUGUGUUCCCAUCCGCCGCUGUCCUGACCUCUCUCUCCCUGACUAACCCCUAGCCGGCACACCCAACACCAUUUCAGCUUCCCCCUUCCCGGUGUGGUCCAGAGUGGGCUGCCCUAUGCCAGGAAACGUGGCCGUUCUCACUGCCUCCGCUGCAUGGUCCGGCAGGUCCCAGUCUCUGGCCUGGACUCCUUCUGGCCUGCUGUCUGAGGUGCCCCCUUCCACACCAGCUCACUGUGUGUCUCGCUCUCUUAGAACAGGUGGAGGGGCCCCUGGAGGAGCCUCCUGGACCACCGUGGCUGGUUCUGCUCUUCCCCUAGAGCCCCUCCCCCAGCCCAGCGCUGUCCUCCGCAGCACCCAGGCUCAGCUUUGGAACGAAUGCCCCCUUUCCUGGGCAGACCAGAGGUCUGGGGGCACAUAUGCCCCAGCAGGCCAGCUGGCUGGCCAUCUAGGCUUCCAUGGGAACAUGGGAUUUCAUCCUGUCCUGCCAGGUGACCUUGGGUCUGUCCAAACCCUGAACUCCAUAACUCAAAGAUAGGGCAAGUGACCUAGAUGUCUUCACCAGUGCACGUGAGAUGGUGGAUGCGAGGGACCUAGCCCUGGACUUGGGAUCUCCCUUUCCUGGCUGGCAGUUCCCACCUACCCUGGCCAGUCCCUUCCUAGCAGCUCCUGGUGGGGGUGGGGGAAGUGGGCCCAAGGCCAGUCUGGAGUUUGGAUGGUGGCUUCUUCAGCCGGGUUUCUCCAGUUUAAUAUAAAAAGUGGGGCCCGUAAUUGCAUUAAGACGUGUAUAAUUAUCCCGGAGGAGGGGAGAGCCCAGCCCCUGGUAAUUGCAGGCCUGCUUUGAACUGAUAAACGGUGAGUGAUUCAUGUUUUCUUUGGAGUUCACAUGCACAGAGCCAAUGCCCAGGCCCCGCUGACAAUGUGAGGAGCCUGUUCCUGGCUCCCGUGCUGCUGGGGCUCCUGGGCUGGGGCAGGGGAGGGGCGGAGGACCCCUCUCCUGGCUGCCAGCACAGGUGGCUGCAUAGCUCUUGAAGUGACAUCCGAGGAAAGAUCCUCAGGGAAAGGCAGCUGACAGCAAGCCGAGAGAGACCUGCCAGACACCAUGGCCGGGUCCUCUUGCUGCGGGAUCCUGGCUUAACUUCCUUGCUUGCCCAAGCCUCAGUUUCCCCAGGCACGUGCUGGGGGUGGGCGUUCACUCAGCCGUGGAUGUGGGGAGAUGGAGGACAAAGUGAAGGAGCAGGACUUGCUCUGCCCAGGACCUGUUCAUUGACUCAUUUGCCAGCCUGGGCCCCGGGGCAUUGGCUCUGGGGCACGCGGGGGACCGGCUCUGUCUCAUGGCGCUGCCAGUCUUGUGGGGAGAGUGCAAGUUUGGGAACAAGUCACAAAAGCAUUAGUGAGUCCUGUGCCGCAAACUGGCUGAGAGGGAGGGGUGGCCGCCACCUUUGGCUGGCUGGUUAGGGCAGACAGCUGAGACCCGAGCAGGAGUACGGGCAGGCGAGGGAAGGGUAUCCCAGUAGAGGGGACAGCAAGUCCAAAGGCCUGUGUGAGGGCAGGGGAGCCCUGUGUGACAGGGGCAGCCGUGGGAGCCCAGGGACCAGUGGGCCUUGUCUGGCAGCCUGUUGCCCUGUGGCUGCCUCCUGAGUCUGCACUGGGCAGAGGACUCCUAUCUUUUGGGCCUCUGCUUCCCCACCUGUAAAAUGGGGCAGCCGGUCUCUAUGAGCCGGGGCAAGGCCGCUCCUAACACCAAGAGGGCUCUCCUGCUGAUGGCAUCUUGUGGGCAUGCCCUAACCUUCCUCCUUUUGUCCACGAGAGAUGAGCUAUUGUCAUUUUCAUUUCAUAGAUGGAAAGCGGGGCUGGCAAAGAGGAGCAACUCCAGUCAGGGCCGCUUGGCUGCAGAGCCUCAGUGCAUCUGACUGCCAGUUGUUACGCUGGGAGGAGAUGAGAGUUUUCUAGAGAGAGUGGGGGUCCAUGCUACCAUUUGGGGGCCAGUGACCUGAUGUGCCUUGCAGAAAAGUGGCCCAAGCUACUGUGUAGGGCCUGGGCUGUUGGGCGUUUUGGGUGAGGCCAAGGGCUGUGCUUGUCCCGGUGGGAGACGCAGGGGAUGAAGCUGAUGGACUUUUGAGCGUGUGACCCGGAAGUGCCUGAGGCUCCCGGCCCCAUGAUUCCUGCAUCUGCAGCACCUGAGUGCCCUGGCCCUAGGCCCUGGCCCGCCAUGUCACUGCCACGUCUGAGCCUGCGGGUCCUCCCACUGCUGCUGCUGCUGGGGGAUGUGCAGGCUGCAGCGGGCACACCCAGGGCUGGCGGAGGACCGCAGCCUGCCUUCCGCACCUUCUUGGCCAGCGACUGGGGUCUUACCCACCUGGUGGUUCACGAGCAGACCGGUGAGGUGUACGUGGGUGCCGUGAACCGCAUCUACAAACUCUCGGGGAACCUGACGCUGCUGCGGGCACAUGUGACGGGGCCCGUGGAGGACAACGAGAAGUGCUACCCGCCCCCCAGCGUUCAGUCCUGCCCGCAUGGCCUGGGCAGCACCGACAACGUCAACAAGCUGCUGCUGCUGGACUACGCAGCCAAUCGUCUGCUGGCCUGCGGCAGCGCCUCCCAGGGCAUCUGCCAGUUCCUGCGGCUGGACGACCUGUUCAAGCUGGGUGAGCCGCACCACCGCAAGGAGCACUACCUGUCCAGCGUGCGGGAGGCGGGCAGCAUGGCUGGCGUGCUGAUUGCCGGGCCUCCAGGCCAGGGCCAGGCCAAGCUCUUCGUGGGCACGCCCAUUGACGGCAAGUCCGAGUACUUCCCCACGCUGUCCAGCCGCCGGCUCAUGGCCAAUGAGGAGGACGCUGACAUGUUCGGCUUCGUGUACCAGGACGAGUUCGUGUCAUCGCAGCUCAAGAUCCCCUCGGACACGCUGUCCAAGUUCCCGGCCUUCGACAUCUACUACGUGUACAGCUUCCGUAGCGAGCAGUUUGUCUACUACCUCACCCUACAGCUGGACACGCAGCUCACCUCGCCCGAUGCCGCUGGCGAGCACUUCUUCACCUCCAAGGUUGUGCGCCUGUGCGUGGACGACCCCAAGUUCUACUCAUACGUUGAGUUCCCCAUUGGCUGUGAGCAGGCAGGCAUCGAGUACCGCCUGGUGCAGGACGCCUACCUGAGCCGGCCUGGCCGCGCCCUGGCCCGCCAGCUGGGCCUGGCUGAGGAUGAGGACGUGCUGUUCACCGUGUUUGCGCAGGGCCAGAAGAACCGCGUGAAGCCGCCCAAGGAGUCCGUGCUCUGCCUGUUCACGCUACGGGCCAUCAAGGAGAAGAUCAAGGAGCGCAUCCAGUCCUGCUACCGUGGCGAGGGCAAGCUCUCCCUGCCCUGGCUGCUCAACAAGGAGCUGGGCUGCAUCAACUCGCCCUUGCAGAUCGACGACGAUUUCUGUGGGCAGGACUUCAACCAGCCUCUGGGGGGCACGGUCACAAUUGAGGGCAUGCCCCUGUUUGUGGACAAGGACGAUGGCCUGACCGCUGUGGCCGCCUACGACUACCGGGGUCGCACCGUGGUAUUCACCGGCACACGCAGUGGCCGCAUCCGAAAGAUCCUGGUAGACCUGGCAAAUCCCGGCGGCCGGCCAGCCCUGGCCUAUGAGAGCGUGGUGGCCCAGGAGAACAGCCCUAUCCUACGUGACCUGGUCCUCAGCCCCGACCGCCAGUACCUCUAUGCCAUGACAGAAAAGCAGGUGACUCGCGUGCCUGUGGAGAGCUGUGUGCAGUAUACAUCAUGCGAGCUGUGCCUGGGGUCACGGGACCCCCACUGCGGCUGGUGUGUCCUGCACAGCAUCUGCUCGCGGCAGGAUGCCUGCGAGCGGGCGGACGAGCCCCAGCGCUUCGCCUCCGACCUGCUGCAGUGUGUGCAGCUGACCGUGCAGCCUCGAAACGUCUCCGUCACCAUGUCUCAGGUUCCGCUUGUGCUGCAGGCCUGGAACGUGCCUGAUCUCUCGGCUGGCGUCAACUGCUCCUUUGAGGACUUCACGGAGUCUGAGAGCAUUCUGGAGGAUGGCUACAUCCACUGCCACUCGCCCUCUGCUCGCGAGGUGGCACCCAUCACGCGAGGCCAGGGAGACCAGCGAGUGGUCAAGCUUUACCUAAAGUCCAAGGAGACGGGCAAGAAGUUUGCGUCCGUGGACUUUGUCUUCUACAACUGCAGCGUCCACCAGUCCUGCCUGUCCUGUGUCAACGGCUCCUUCCCCUGCCACUGGUGCAAAUACCGCCACGUGUGCACGCACAACGCCGCCGACUGCGCCUUUCUGGAGGGCCGCGUCAACGUGUCUGAGGACUGUCCGCAGAUCCUGCCCUCCACACAGAUCUACGUACCGGUGGGCGUGGUGAAGCCCAUCACCCUGGCCGCCCGCAACCUGCCGCAGCCUCAGUCGGGCCAGCGUGGGUAUGAGUGCCUCUUCCACAUCCCGGGUGGCCCAGCCCGCGUCACUGCCCUGCGCUUCAACAGCUCCAGCCUGCAGUGCCAGAACUCCUCGUAUUCCUACGAGGGCAAUGAUGUCAGUGAUCUGCCUGUGAACCUUUCGGUGGUGUGGAAUGGCAACUUCAUCAUUGACAACCCUCAGAACAUCCAGGCCCACCUCUACAAGUGCCCGGCCCUUCGAGAGAGCUGCGGCCUCUGCCUCAAGGCCGAUCCACGCUUCGAGUGCGGCUGGUGCGUGGCUGAACGCCGGUGCUCCCUGCGCCCCCACUGCCCUGCUGAUUCACCUGCCGCCUGGAUGCAUGCCCGUCAUGGCAGCAGCCGCUGCGCCGACCCCAAGAUCCUCAAGCUAUUCCCUGAAACAGGCCCACGGCAAGGAGGCACGAGGCUCACCAUCACGGGUGAGAACCUGGGCCUGCGCUUCGAGGACGUGCGGCUGGGCGUGCGCGUGGGCAAGGUGCUGUGCAGCCCCGUGGAGAGCGAGUACAUCAGCGCCGAGCAGAUCGUCUGCGAGAUCGGGGACGCCAGCACCGUGCGCUCUCACGAUGCCCUGGUGGAGGUGUGCGUGCGAGACUGCUCCCCGCACUACCGGGCCUUGUCACCCAAGCGCUUCACCUUUGUGACUCCGACCUUCUACCGGGUGAGCCCUGCCCGAGGACCUCUGUCUGGGGGCACCUGGAUUGGCAUUGAGGGCAGCCACCUGAAUGCAGGCAGUGACGUGGCUGUGACUGUUGGUGGCCGGCCCUGCUCCUUCUCCUGGAGGAACUCCAGGGAGAUCCGGUGUCUGACGCCCCCCGGGCAGAGCCCCGGCAGCGUGCCCAUCGUCAUCAACGUCAACCGUGCCCAGCUCACCAACCCCGAGGUGAAGUACAACUACACAGAGGACCCCACCAUCCUGAAGAUCGACCCUGAGUGGAGCAUUAGCAGCGGAGGGACCCUCCUAACCAUCACGGGCACCAACCUAGCCACCGUCCGCGAACCCCGCAUCCGGGCCAAGUACGGAGGUGUCGAAAGGGAGAACAGCUGCCUGGUGUACAAUGACACCACCAUGGUGUGCCGCGCCCCAUCCGUGGACAACCCAACACGCAGCCCGCCAGAGCUGGGGGAGCGGCCAGACGAGCUGGGCUUCAUCAUGGAUGAUGUGCGUGCCCUGCUGGUCCUCAAUUCCUCCUCCUUCCUCUAUUACCCGGACCCUGUGCUGGAGCCGCUCAGUCCCACGGGCCUCCUGGAGCUGAAGCCCAGCUCCCCGCUCAUCCUCAAGGGCCGGAACCUCCUGCCACCUGCGCCUGGCAACUCGCGGCUCAACUACACGGUGCUCAUCGGCUCCACGCCCUGUGCACUCACCGUGUCAGAGACCCAGCUGCUGUGCGAGUCCCCCAACCUCACCGGGCAGCACAAGGUCACGGUCCGGGCUGGUGGUUUUGAGUUCUCGCCAGGGAUGCUACAGGUGUACUCAGAUAGCCUGCUGACUCUGCCCGCCAUUGUUGGCAUUGGCGGGGGUGGGGGCCUCUUACUGCUGGUCAUCGUGGCUGUGCUCAUCGCCUAUAAGCGCAAGUCUCGGGAUGCCGACCGCACCCUCAAGCGGCUGCAGCUGCAGAUGGACAACCUGGAGUCCCGCGUGGCUCUGGAGUGCAAGGAAGCCUUUGCCGAGCUGCAGACGGACAUCCACGAGCUGACCAAUGACCUGGAUGGUGCCGGCAUCCCGUUCCUCGACUAUCGCACGUACGCCAUGCGGGUGCUCUUCCCCGGGAUUGAGGACCAUCCGGUGCUCAAGGAGAUGGAGGUACAGGCCAACGUGGAGAAGUCGCUGACGCUGUUUGGGCAGUUGCUUACCAAGAAGCACUUCCUGCUGACCUUCAUCCGUACGCUGGAGGCCCAGCGCAGCUUUUCUAUGAGGGACCGUGGCAACGUGGCCUCGCUCAUCAUGACGGCCCUGCAGGGCGAGAUGGAGUAUGCCACGGGGGUGCUCAAGCAGCUGUUGUCUGAUCUAAUCGAGAAGAACCUUGAAAGCAAGAACCACCCCAAGCUGCUGCUGCGCCGGACCGAAUCUGUGGCGGAGAAGAUGCUGACCAACUGGUUUACCUUCCUUUUGUACAAAUUUCUGAAGGAGUGUGCGGGGGAGCCCCUCUUCAUGCUCUACUGCGCCAUCAAGCAGCAGAUGGAGAAGGGCCCCAUCGACGCCAUCACUGGUGAGGCCCGCUACUCCCUGAGUGAGGACAAGCUCAUCCGGCAGCAGAUCGACUACAAGACGCUGACCCUGAACUGUGUGAACCCCGAGAAUGAGAAUGCUCCUGAGGUGCCCGUAAAGGGACUGAACUGCGACACAGUGACACAAGUCAAGGAGAAGCUGCUGGAUGCCGUGUACAAGGGCGUGCCCUACUCCCAGCGGCCGAAGGCUGGGGACAUGGACCUGGAGUGGCGCCAGGGCCGCAUGGCACGCGUCAUCCUGCAGGAUGAGGACGUGACUACCAAGAUUGACAAUGACUGGAAGAGGUUGAACACGCUGGCCCACUAUCAGGUGACAGAUGGGUCUUCAGUGGCCCUGGUGCCCAAGCAGACGUCUGCCUACAACAUCUCCAACUCAUCCACCUUCACUAAGUCCCUCAGCAGAUACGAGAGCAUGCUGCGCACAGCCAGCAGCCCUGACAGCCUCCGUUCCCGCACGCCCAUGAUCACGCCCGACCUGGAGAGCGGCACCAAGCUGUGGCAUCUGGUGAAGAACCACGACCACCUGGACCAGCGGGAGGGCGACCGGGGCAGCAAGAUGGUCUCAGAGAUCUACCUGACACGCCUGCUGGCCACCAAAGGCACGCUGCAGAAGUUUGUGGACGACCUCUUUGAGACCAUCUUCAGCACAGCGCACCGGGGCUCGGCCCUGCCGCUGGCCAUCAAGUACAUGUUCGAUUUUCUGGACGAGCAGGCCGACCAACACCAGAUUCACGACUCAGACGUGCGCCACACCUGGAAGAGCAACUGCCUACCCCUGCGCUUCUGGGUGAACGUGAUUAAGAACCCGCAGUUCGUGUUCGACAUCCAUAAGAGCAGCAUCACAGAUGCCUGCCUGUCGGUGGUGGCCCAGACCUUCAUGGACUCCUGCUCCACGUCUGAGCACAAGCUGGGCAAGGACUCGCCAUCCAAUAAGCUGCUCUAUGCCAAGGACAUCCCCAACUACAAGAGCUGGGUGGAGAGGUACUAUGCUGACAUCGCCAAGAUGCCCGCCAUCAGCGACCAGGACAUGAGUGCCUAUCUGGCGGAGCAGUCGCGGCUGCACCUGAGCCAGUUCAACAGCAUGAGCGCCUUGCAUGAGAUCUACUCCUACAUCACCAAGUACAAGGAUGAGAUCCUGACAGCGCUGGAGAAGGAUGAACAGGCACGGCGGCAGCGACUCCGGAGCAAGCUGGAGCAGGUGGUGGACACAAUGGCCCUGAGCAGCUGAGACACCAGGCUGUCACCACCCAGCGGGAGUUGGGCAAGAGGGCCCGCGGGGGUGGCCUCCGUCCGGCAGCCAGAUCUUGGAGGCCCCGGAGGCAGCCUCGCCCCCAGGAGCAGGUGCCAGUGUACUGGGGCUGGUGCGAAGUCAGCGUCCUCCUGGCCCUCCCCCUCCGCCUCCUGCCUGGCGGGGGUGCCAGUUCUGCUCCGCGUGGGUGACAGUGCCUGUAGCGCCUCCUGUGCCCAGAGCUGCUCACCACAGGGCUGGGGGAGCCCGGGUGUGACCCUUGGCUUUGGGGAGAGUCGGGUGACCACCAAGGACCUAGGGGUAAGGCUGGAAGAGGUAGCCGGCCUGGUCUAUCCCCUUGAGGCUGUGCUGCCAAGGUCAGAGGGCGAGGACAAGGGGCUAGGCAGGUAUUCACCAUUCCCGGCCGCCUGGGCAGAGUGUGAGGCCCUGACAGCAGCCCCGGGGGAGGCUGAGCGGCCAGGGCCCCAAUGAGGAGAGCUCAGGUCGGGCCGCCUGUUGCCGCCACCUGCCGAAUCCGCGUUUGGUCACCUCUACACUCGCUGCUGCACCACCACCACCAUCGUCCGAUUCACCGCGUGCUGUCCGCGGCCGCGGCCGAGGCCGGAGCGCCACGUCCCCCUGGCCCAGGGAGGCCCCGGCUCCCUCCUAUGGAGGGGCUGCAGAACGGCUCGCUCGAAGCCCCCAGGUGGCCUCCAGAAGGACUCGAUGACUCCUCUCCUGUCCUCAGGGCUGUGCCUCUGGGAGCCGCUGGGGUCUGGGGCUCCGGGCCAUGAGUGCACGUUCCCAUUAUUUAUUCCCCCACCACGCUGCUCCCGCACCCACCCCAGGCGGGCUGUGCUCUCCGGCUGUGCAGGUCUUGGGAGCAGUCCCUGCCUACCCCUCCCCUCUCUGUGUCCCCUGCUCUCCAUGUCCACCUUUAGCGGCUUCUGGCCUGGCAUCUCUGCAGUGCCAGCCCCUUGAGAGCGGUGGGACACCCGUGUGGGCAGCCAAUGGGGCUGUGAAGGCCCUGGGUGGGGGGGAAUGCAGUGACUGGAGGGCCUGGGGAUGGCCCUGCCCACCCUGCUUGUGGUGAGCAAGAAGAACACAUUUUUAAUUAAAAAACAAAACAAAACAUCCUGUACAUAUAUAUAUAUAUCUAUAUAUAUGUGGCUCUGGCCUCAGUCUCCAGCCCCAGUGGGGUCCUGUAUAGCUACCUGGAGGAGGAGAAACUUCACAGUGUAGAAUAAGGAAACUAAGGCAGUGGGAAAGCAAUCCCAAAUGGUCGUGGAGAAAGUGGCCAGGGUUCCUUGAAUGGAGCCCCCUGCCAAGGCCUCUGCCCCUCGACCUGCGGGUCAUUCUGUUUUCGUUUUGACGUAAGAAGGAGAGAACUUGUUGGAGGCCCCUUGAGUGCAUCCAGGGCACGCGGGGCCGUGGACUCCUGCAUGACCGUGCUAGCGUUUAGUCUGACUUGAUCUUUUUGAAACUGCAAGUGUUGAAUACUAGAGGUUGUUAGACCCUUUUUUUAUGUUUUUUAAUUAAUCAGUCACUUGUGAAAGCCAACAAGCGGCCCGGCCCCUUUUCAAGUUCACUUUUUUCGACGGUACUAAAGACGCCCACGGACUUUAAGGGACAGCUAACUGUGGCCGGCCCCGCACCCUGGGGGCCACCCGUCUUGGGUUCCCCCCCCUUCCUAAGCUGCGUGAGCCACACCCUGGAGAUCAGGUGAGGGGCCGCCCCCUCUCGUCGGGGAGUUGCAUGAAACCCAAGCUCUCCUGGUCAGGAAGCUGCUGGACCAGGGCAGGUGGGGGCCCCGGUGGAGCUCAGGCUGGGCCCUGGACCCGGGCAGCCAAGGAGGACUGUCUGUCUAGAGACCAGGCUGUCUUCUGGGAGCCUCUUUCCUUGGCGCAGAUUCCCGUCCUCGGGCGCAUCCCUGCCUCCCCUGUGGUGUGGCAAUGCCAUGCCUGGGGGCAAGCCUCUCCUCCCCUGUGAAGUCUUCCCGGGGUGCUGGCUUCUACCUGAAGCCCCUGGUCUUCCAGUUCUAUGAGGGUCAGGUGGGGGCGCUUCUGCCCUGUGCCCCCCCCCCCGCUUCAGAGUCCAGCUCCAGCCCCUCCCCACCCUUCCUGGUCCCCACAGAGCAGAGCCCCUGUGCCUGCCUCUGGGAGUCUGCAGGUUCCAGGGCAGUGCCCUCCUGUGCCCUAGUCACCUGGACGGUGGGUGGGCAGGGCAGAGGGGCAGAGGGAGGUGCAAGCACUUUAGCAGUCCCUGUUUACACAUGAGCCCCGGAGCCAAUCCCAAACCACCCUCAGGUGCAACAGGCCCCCAGCCUGCCUUCCUGCCGGGGCCGCAGCUCCGCCCCGCACCCUCUCCCGCACAGGCCCCGGUGCGAGUGCUCCUGCAGGGCUCCAACCCCAAACGCGGGCAUGGGGACCUGGCAGCAGUCCGGAAUCAGAGCCCUGUUCUGUGAUAGCCUGAAGGCCCUCCUGCAGCCUCUGGCCUUGGGAGAUCCGGGCCACAGCGCGGGCUGCAGGGGCUCCCCGCCUGUCCCAGACUGCUGUCGCAGGCCCCCCACCCCUGCACAUCCUUCCCUGUUUGCACCUUCCAUGCUUGCACCGUCUCAGCAGUGCCCAGGGCAGCUCACGCCUCGCUCUGGGAGCCUGGUCCUUCCAUAUACCUCGAGCUUGCCCUGCGCUCCCUGACCCAGGGCCCGAGGGGCCACGGUGGGGGGCUGCGGACAAGGGACCUGGGGUGCCCAAGACCGAGGGCCCUGAACACUACCCCCGCCAUCCCUGGUCUGGCCUUGCUGAGACCACCCCACCCCUGGCUCCCCAGUUCUGGAUCUGAUGGCUCACGUCGUUGGUGCUAAACAAGCUAGAAUAGAUAUAUUUAGAGAGAGAGAAAGAUAUUUUUAAGACGAAGCCCACAAUUAGCUGUCCUUGAAUGCCACAGAGCCCCCACUCAAAGGAAGAGCGAUCACUGGGCCGGCCGGAGCCGCCCCCCCCCCCCCCCCGGCCACUGCCCUCCCGAACGGGCGGCAUGGCCGAUGGGACGCUCGGCCCAUGGACUGUGUAAAUAUACGGCUAUUUCCUAUUUUACUGGUCUCCAGAUUUAGUACUUGUAAAUACACACACACAUUAAGGAGAGAUUAAACAUUUUUGCUAAA